AUGCCGUCUUUCUCGCCUUCACGUCGACGAAGGCCAUCGGAUUCGCGGCGAAGGAGGUCGCGUUCCGCACGGCGUCACCGGGACAGCCGUUCUCCGCCUCCAAGGCGCUCAAAGUCGCGCCAAAGGUCGCCGCAAGGACGGGCAGCCUCUCCGUCCAGGUCUCGCAGCGAAGAUCGAAAGACCCGUCCGGUCAUCACUCCUGGGGGCGGGAUCGAGUCUGUGGAGGCCAAGGUGGUGGAUGCACGCACUCGACACAGCGGGGAGCCCACGUUCCAAGCGGAGGUCUAUUUGGGCCUUGAUGCUGCGGCUGCAGGCCGUCAAAGAACGAUGUGCAUCCGCGGCCCUUGCCGAGUCGACAGAGGCCAAGCACAGGAGGAUGCUGACAAAAUGGAGGAAGCUGCCAAGGAUGGCAUCAAGGCAGUGCGGGAGAUGGCGGCAAAGAUGAAGAGGUCUCGCAUCUCGACAACACCGGCUUGA